UUGCAGUCAGACUCGCCUCCGGGGAGGGAGGAAGGUGUGCCGAGGGAACAGCUGAUUGCCACUGCAGUGAAAUUUUUGCAAAACUCAAGAGUUCGUCAGAGUCCGGUAGCAACAAGAAAGUCCUUCUUAAAAAAGAAAGGCUUAACAGAUGAAGAAGUGGAGAUUGCGCUACAGCAGUCCAAUACUGGCAGUGAUGAGGAAAUAGGACCUGCCAUCCAGCCACACCUGGUACAGCCUUCAUACCUUGCUGCUGUGCCAUACCAUCCCACUUCCAGAUGGCGGGAAUAUGGUGCCUUGGCAAUUAUCAUGGCUGGGAUUGCAUUUGGCUUUCACCAACUCUACAAGAGAUAUAUUUUGCCUCUUCUAGCAUCCAGCAAGGAAGACAAGAAACAUCUGCAGAGGAUUGAGUCGGGUAUAACCGAACUAAGUGGGACCAUAUCACAGACAGUGGCACAACUACAAACAAAUCUUGUGACGGUGCAGGAGCUUCUGGAACGGCAGCAAGUGAGGUUGCAGGAGCUCUCCCAAGAACUGUCUAGUACCAAGGCUUCCUCGUCUACAAAUUGGCUCCUGGAGACUCAGAACAUUAAUGAAUUGAAAGCGGAGAUCACCUCGUUGAAAGGACUUCUCCUAAGCAGGCGACAGUUUCCGUCUUCCCCCUCAGCUCCGAAGCUUCCUCCGUGGCAGAUCCCUGUCAAGCCGUCUACAAUAGCCACCUCUGCGACCUCAGUCAAUCACAACAACAGCAGCAGCGACAUCUCACCGGUCAGCAUCGAGUCGGCCUCGACCUUGUCCUCGCCAGCUACCGAGACCCACAGUCCGGAGGUAGGAAGUCUCAGUGGCCACGUAGCUGCUAACAGCAAUGACGUGGAUGUGAAGUGUCAGGUGAGGAUGGAGGUCCAAGGGGAAGAGGAGAGAAGACAAGACAAUGAAGACGAGGAUGAAGAUGAUGACGUCAGUCACGUGGAUGAAGACGAUUGUCUCGGCGUGCAAACAGAGGAUAGGCGGGGUGGCGAUGGACAGAUAAAUGAACAAGUGGAUAAAUUACGCCGUCCAGAAGGAGCCAGUAAUGAGAAUGACAUUAACUAAAUGUCACAAGUGAUUCAGUAUUUGGCUUCCAUGGACAGAAUUUCCCUAAUUCCAUUAAUUUACUGUUAAUAUGUGCUUAUUGCAUCCUGAGCAGUGGGUUUUUGCAAAUCAACAAAUUAUGCUGUGAAACAAGUAACCACCAGGCAACGUAGGUGAGGAUCAGUUACACCCCCCCACCGCACAGUGGAGGCAACAUGAUCGCAGGUCUGACCAGGUCAGGCGAGGUCAGGGUUCAUCGCACGGAGAGUGUACAGCCUCGCUGGUUCUGAACCCACAUCGCUCAGCUCCCAUCUCCCUGAUUUGUAUAGAUUGCAACCCAGCAGAAUUCAACACCCUGCUUGCGAUGUGUGUUGUCGGCACUCAGUCAGCUGUUGAUGUGAUGCAGAAUCAACCAAGAAAGCGUAGUAGGAAACCCAGGCCCCACUUCAGUGUAAAGAGGUAGUGGCAGCAACAAAGCUUCUCCGUGUCAGCAGUCCGCGUCGAUAGCAACCGCUCCAAAACAUGGUGUCGUUAUCUCCUGCUAAAAACCUAACUGGAAUUGAAGUUAGUGUCGAUUUUAUCAUUGUAAAAUGACAAUGAAUGAAAAUAGUGCAUUAAAAAUAUCACAUCUGCAUUAGAAUAACUUGCAGAAACAAGGGACUGCAGAUGCUGGUUUAUACCAAAGAUAGACGCUAAGUGCUGGAGUAACUCAGUGGGUCAGGCAGCAUCUCUGGGGAAAAAGGAUGGGUGAUGUUUCAGAUCACGACCCGAAAGAUCUGGCCAUCCAUUUCCUCCAGAGAUGCCGCCUGACCCGCUGAGUUCUUGCAGCUUGUGUUGUUCUAGGUAUGACUUUAGGUGCAGUGCAGACCAGGGUAGAUCUGAAGAAUACGUGCAUGUCAGCAUUGAUUUUGGCUUGCUUGAAAUAUUCACACCCCCCCCCAACUAUUUUGCCACUCUAAUGCAAGAAAUCUUUUUUCUACCGUUGCACCAUUUCUUGUAAAAGGUCAAUAUACGGAAAUAAAGUGAAGUAAAGUCAAAUCAAGUAUUGGAGAAACAACAAUAAGGCCACUCCCAGCACACACUGAUUAUUGAAGCUGUGUUGGUGGGUGCUGUACAGGUCACCAUAGAUCAAGCAAAUUCCUUACAGGGUGAGGGUGUGGAACAUGAAGUGUAUGUUCAGGGUAACGGCACCAUACUCACUUCAGCUAUUUCUGUCCUUUCAAGGGGAGUGUCCAGACUCACUACCAGCUGCGGGAGAGACUUUAAGCAGUUCGCUGAACAAAAAGCUGUUAUAUUGCAUUUUUCUUUUGUUUGGAGAUUGAGUCAGAAUGUGCAUUUUAAACACCUAUGUUUUAAUUCUGUUUGAUUCCAAGGAAGGUUUUAAUGUAAAAUGCCAAAAUAUGGUGGGAGUGGUGAAGAAUGUUUUUUUUUUUCAGUAUUGCAUUUGUGGUGUUUAAAAUUGAACUUUACAGUAAAGCACAUAAAUGGUUUGAUACAUGAUGUAUUCAUUAAUUUAGAAAUACAGUUUAUGAUGUCGGCAAUUAAAAUGCUCCUGUCUCUUAAAAGUUAUUUAUUAUGUUCCAAGUACUGGGACAGCAUCUGCAUUAAAGGUUCAGUGACAUUUGGGGGCAGAGGGGCUGGUUAUAUUCAACAAAAUAAAUUGAAUAUAUUGCUUUUGCAAAUGAAAAACAA